GAUGGCCGAGCGGUCUAAGGCGCUAGGGUCAGGUUUAUCUGAUCUCACAUGUUCUUCGGAAUAUUCCUAGUCUCGAAAGGGGCGUGGGUUCGAAUCCCACUCUUGUCAGAGCUUUUUUUGUUUCUUUUCCCAGCGUUAAAUGUAUCUAACAACAUGAACACACACACACACACACACACGCGGAGGGAAACCAAACACACUUCUAUACCUAUUUUUGUUUUCUUCCCGUUUUGUAUCCGUGUUACAUGCCCAGAUCUCAGGCCCAUGUUCAUCAUAUCCUAUUCCUUCCAUGAUUUCCCCCCCUGCGCAUCGAUGCUGCUAGCUGUCAGAGUACGGAAUAACCGGACAAUAUGCGACCGUCCAAAAUGGUAGCAGCCGAGUGAUAAUCGCCCACUAGCGAACACAUAGGACACA